AUGUCGACGUGUCAAUCCGUGGAAACUCCAGUUCCAGUUCUUUUAAGACCGCGAGGUGUCUUGGGGCAGAAGGCGCCUCUGGGACCCUCGACAAUGUUCGAUGUGGAUGUGGGAUCCAUGAUACUUUUCUCCGUCUUCCCAGCACUUCUCUUGUCAACCAAUUUAGUGGCAGCAUUCUCCAAUUCCCGGAAGGAUAAUCUCGCAGUUUAUUGGGGCCAGGAUUCUGCAGGACACCAACAGAGACUUGGUUUCUAUUGCGAAGACGACACCAUUGACGUUAUACCGAUGGCGUUUCUCUACACUUUUUUCGGUAAAGGUGGACAACCAGUAAUCGACUUCUCCAACAUCUGCAGUCGAGGCUCCAAUAACUUUGCGGGCACUGACUUGGCAGAUUGUUCCUUCAUGGCGUCCGACAUCCAAAAAUGCCAGGCAAAGGGAAAGCUCGUCACGCUUAGCCUUGGAGGAGCCACCGCGAAGGUUGGCUUCAACAGUGAUGCUCAGGCAGCGGGUUUUGCAAGGGUAAUUUGGGACAUGUUUUUGGGCGGAAAUGGAACCGUUCGGCCACUUGGGGACGCUAUUCUUGAUGGAAUCGACUUGGACAUCGAGAAUGGAUCAUCAGCACAUUAUGAUACUUUUGUCGAUGCACUCCGUUCACUUGCGAAGGGUUCGCGCAGAAGAUUUUAUGUCACUGCGGCCCCACAGUGCCCAUUCCCGGACGCAAAAGUGGGCGCUUCCCUUAAUUCCGCCUUCUUCGACGCUGUGUAUGUUCAGUUCUAUAAUAACUACUGCGAAACGUCUGCCCCAUCUGAAUUUAAUUUUGCAACCUGGGAUCAUUGGGCGAAGACGCAGUCACCGAACAAAGAUGUGAAGGUCUACCUUGGUGCUCCGGCGUCCACAGGGUCAGCAGGGAAUGGAUUUGUUUCCAGUCAGACCCUCGUCAACGUAGCCCGAGAUGCGCAGAAAAAGUACUCCUCAUUUGGAGGAAUAAUGCUAUGGGACGCCGACUCAGCGUACACCAACAACAGGUACCAUGUCACUGUAAAAAACGCAAUCAGGUCAUCCCCGAAUCCAGUCCCCAAUCCAAACCCCGUGCCAAUAUUCAAACCCGGUACAACUAUAGCGCCUACCAGGACACAGACCCCCAGUCCGCGCUCCACGGCACCAGCCGCUGUUUCUGCUGCCCCUUCGACCUCCAGUGAACCCCCAAGGGAUCCCCGUGCUACCGCCCGCGUAAAGCGCCCAGCCUACGAAGUCGAAGAAAUGGACGAAGAUUCCGGAACGACUGAUACCCUCCCCUCGGUGCGGUCGAGAUUCUUCAAGUUCUAA